AUGCCUCAAUUCUUCGAUAACCCUUUUCCAGUCCCUUAUUCGGCAAAAGGAAGAUCCUACAGAUUUCUACGCUUGGAUAACGGCAUUCUUGCACUUAUUAUUUCGGAUCCUACAGAAGAUAUUGCCACCAUGUCACUUUCUGUCGCAACUGGACAUCAUGCCGAUCCUGACAAUGUUCCAGGUUUAGCACAUCUUUGCGAACAUAUGAUUUGUGUAAGCUCUAAAGAAUAUCCGCAAAUUGAUAGCUAUAAGACUAAAAUUCACGAGGCUGGAGGUUCCUGCAACGCUGUAACUGUCAACGAAAAAACUUCCUUCUUCUUCAGUAUUCCCAUUGUCUUUUCCAACAACAUUAAAGAAGGAAAAGAUGCUUUCGGUAGCGUCCUCGAGGUGUUCGUUUCCUACUUCAAGCAUCCACUAUUCGAUGCCAGCUAUGCUGAUAGAGAAGUCAUUGCUAUUGACAACGAACAUACUAAGAACUGCUCCUCAAUUAGCAGGAUCGGCUUCCAAGGUCUAAAGCUUCUAGCCAAUCCUGCUAAUGAGUUUCAUCGAUUCUCCACUGGUAAUUACACCACCUUACACGAAACCAUCUCAAGAAACGAUAUUCAAGCAAUUCUUAAAGAUUUCUUCAAAAAAGAAUAUCUUCCAGAACGUAUUGCUAUCGUUUUAAAAGGCCCACAAACCCUCAACCACUUACAAAAAUUGGCCGUCACCCAUUUCUCCACAAUUGGUGAAGAGAGAUCAGGCUUUGAAAAGCUUUUGAAGAAGUCCUCUUCUAAAUCGCAUACUGAAAACCUUCCGGAAGGUCUCUUAGCUUCACAUAUUGCAGCUGCUAUCUGGCUUCCGAGGUAUAAAUCAAUUAUUUUCACUCCAAAUCAAUUGGGAAGAUUCAUUAUCAUUUCAAAGGACGACUCUGAGCAGGUCUUGAGAAUCUUCUUUCCUUUUAAUAUUAGUGGUUCUGACUGGUCACCUAAGCAGCUAUCUAUCUUUGCUUCUUUCUGGUGUCAUAUCUUGGGAAGUGAAACUAAAUCCAGUCUCAACAGCUCAUACCUCAAACAAAAAUACAUUGGUGAAUCGGUCGCAAAAGCUUUUUCUCUAUCCAGUAACACCACUGUUUUGGAGUUGCAGCUAACUAUGACACAAACAGGAGUCAGAAAUCUGGAUCAUGUCAUUCAACUGUUUUUUGACUACAUGAGCCUGUUCGUGAAUCCAAGAGAUCAUAAAUUUGAACGUAAGUUGGCCAAAGCCUUUUCUCAGUUCAAUAGUAUCAAUUUGUACAAUUUCUUCCACGCCGAGAAUGGUGUUGGUGGUUUAAGUGAGAUGAGGUCACUUAGUGAAAGACUUCUUUCCUCAUUCAAAUCGCUAUCUCAGUGGUUCUUCUUAGGUUCACCGUGCUUCGAUGUCACUGAUGAAGGAUUUGUUGAUUCCUUUAAUCAAAGUAAAGCUUCUGAAGCAUUCUGGAUCCAUCAAACUCAAUCGUUCAAAGAUUUUGUGACCUUAACUUGCAAUCCCGAUAAUAUGCUACUCAGCUUUGUAGGAAAUUCCUUCAUCAUGGAAUCAGGAGCAUCGUGGAUUACGAAUCAAAACAUACCAGACUGUAAGGAUGAAAACUUCCAAUUUACCUAUAAGGUGGGUAGUUUUCCAAGUAAAAGCUGGAAUAUGAACACAGAUAGUGGCGUCUUCAGAAUUCCGCCUCCAAAUAGCUUUGCUCCAAAGAUCAUCACUCAGCAAAACAAAAUCUUAGCCAUGUUCGAAGCCAAUAUGGAAACUUCCAUGGGAGCAAGUUUAGGUUACGCAGUAAAGAAUAUAACCACUACAUCUGUUCCCGAAUUGAAGUACUUCGACUCUGGAUGUCAAUUCUGGAUUAAAAAAGAGUACGAUUCCACCUUUGACGAUAAAUUGUUUGUCAGCGUAGAAUUAUCCUCUCUUACUUCUGACAUUACAGUCUCUGAUAUCAUUGCUUUAGAAUUGCUAUGCAAUUUAGUGAAAAAUAGGCUUCGUGAAGAACUCUAUCCAGCACUCGUCAUGGGAUAUAGCUAUGAUAUAUUUCCAUCUUUGAAGGGAGAUAUAGGAGUAAUUCUUCACAUCUCAGGUCCCAAGCUGAAUAUUCUUAAAGUAUUGGGAUUGUUGGUCAACGAAACUAAGAUUGUAACCCGUACCUUCCUAAGCAGUGUCACUUCAGAAGAGUUCAGAGACUCCAGAAUUGAUGUGAUGAAAAAGUACAAAUCUGGCCAAGCAAUGCCUUCUCAUACAUUAGUAUCUCUUGGCUUGAUGGCGAUUAUGGAGCAGAACACUUGGUUGUUGGACAGAAGGAUUGAAGCUCUUGAAGAUUUAGACUUCACAACCACGGCGGCAAUAUUUCGUACUCUCUUCCACAGUUGUUAUGCAAGUUGUUUGGUUCACGGGGAUAUUGACGACAAAGAGAAGGUUCGGCAGGAGAUUACGCAAUGCAUUAGCCAGUUGGUUGACCACUUCGAUGGUCAAAACCAGGCUGCACCUUCAACAAUUUGUCUUCCCGAAAAUCAAAAUAUCACUGCAAAGUCGACAUGCAAAGAUCCAACAAAUGCCCUCGCUUACUUCCUUCAAACAUCAUUGAGAAGAGACAUGCAAUCCAGAACGCUAACCAAGCUUUUAUCCUUCAUUCUUUCCAACUCUUUACUCUGGAAGCUCAGAGUCCAAUAUCAACUUGGUUAUGUGAUCAUGGUUGGUCUAAGAACAUUUCGGAAAGUGGAAGGUAUUCAUAUAACUAUCAUGAGUGCUGAAUUGAAACCCGAAGCACUAGAAACAAAAGUUCAGGAAAUCAUUAUGGAGUGGUAUGUUGAAUUCCGUAAGAACUUGAACGAUGAGAAGUUUCAUUCGCAGUACAUCAGCCGCUUUCUUUCUGCGUACAGCAGUUCCAAUCAAAAAAUGAAUGUCGCUGGAGGUCCUUCGAGUUUAACUCAGGGUUCUUUAGUUUCUGGUGUUUCUGGAAGCUCUUUAGCAAGACAGCACCAAGGAUAUUGGGAUCAGAUAAUCAACAGAUCAUAUCAAUUCUCCCACAAUUUGACUGGUGAAGACUCAAUUGACGUAUCUUAUUUGAGAAACCUAAAAUUGGAAUCCUUUUUGACCUUCAUCGAGACCAAGAUCCUUCCAACAUCCAGGAAAAGGAUCAAAGUGUCUGCAAUGUUGUCAACCGAAUGUUCCCAGGAGGUCGUUGAACAGAUGCUUACUCCGAUUCGACUUUACUGUUUUCUUUCUUCUGUUGGCUUACCAAUCAAAAGGGAUAAACUUGAAGAAAUUCUUGAAGAAUCCGGAGAAUCUAAAGUGGCUCUCUGUAAAAACUUGCUUAAAUACUACAAACGCCAAGGUAGAACUUUUCGUUUGAUUACAGCAGGUCUUACCAAAUUGCCGAUAGCUGUAUUUCCAAGCACUAAUAAAAAGAUGUGGGAUGCCAAGAUGGAACAAACGGUGCCUUUUGAAAUUGAUAUCAAUCAUUUGCAAGAAUGGCAGAAGCACGUCGGUUUUGUUUGCGAUGAAAGCUUGGGUAAUCUUCUUGAAGAAUACAGAGCGACAGGAGUUUAG